AUGACCCCAACUGUUAAGAAGAGUAAUAAACGUAGUGAACCAGAGCAAGCUGGCUCCAAGACAGUGAAGAAAGCAAGAAUUUCUGUAGAGUCUUCGGAAGACGAACUGGAUGAAUUAGACGAUUUGGAUGUCGACGAAGAAGAAGAAGAAUUUGAAGAUGAAGAUGAAAAAGAGGUUGAAGAAGGAGAAGAAGAAAGUGGUGAAGAGAAGAAGGAAGAAGGUGCUGGUUCGAACAACCAUGUUGAACAAAGGAAAUUGUUAAAGGAAAGAAAGAUGCAAAGAAGAGCAGGUUCCGAAAUUGCUCAAAUUAAACCAAUUUGGGAAAAAUUACGUUGUAAGAGUCCACCAUUACCAGUGGAAAUCCGUGAAAAGUUGUGUAACGAAAUCUGGGAGAUCGCAAAAGAUCAUAUUGCAGACCUUGUCCUAAAGCAUGAUGCAUCUCGUGUGGUCCAAACUUUGGUCAAAUUUUCCAAUAAGGAACGCCGUGAAUUGAUCUGUAAAGCAUUAACAGGAAAGUUCUAUCAACUAGCAACUUCCUCCUACGGUAAGUAUCUUCUAGUAAAAUUGUUGCAUUACGGAAGUAGAGAUUCAAGACAAUUAAUCAUUGACGAAUUACACGGUGGUUUAAGAAAAUUGAUGAGACACAGAGAAGGUGCCUACGUUGUAGAAGAUCUUUUCGUCUUAUACUCAACACACGAACAAAGACAACAAAUGAUCAGAGAAUUCUGGGGUUCCGAAUAUGCCGUGUUCAGAGAUAACCAUGGCGGAUUAACCAUCGAAGAUGUAACUAAGGACAAUAUCGAAAAGAGAAACAUUAUUUCCAGGAAUUUAAUGGGUACCAUAACGGCAUCUGUGGAAAAAGGUUCUGCAGGUUUCCAAAUCUUACACGCUGCAAUGAAAGAAUUAGUUAAGAUUGCCAAUGAUAAAGAAACCUCCGAAUUAAUCGAAUUAUUACAUGAACAAUUUGCUGAAUUAGUUCACACACCAGAAGGUUGUUUCGUCGCAUGCACUUUGAUUGCUAAGGCAACUGCUAAAGAAAGAAAAUCAAUUUUAAAGACGUUGAAAAACCAUGCUUCUGAAUUAAUUAAAAAUGAACAUGGUAACUUGGUCUUCAUCACUCUCUUAAUGUGUGUUGACGAUACCGUUCUUGUUUUCAAGACUUUCAAUUCAACUAUCAAAGAAUCCUUAAACGAGUUCGUUGUUGAUAAAUAUGGUAGAAGACCAUUCCUUUACAUGUUAUUGGGUCUCGAUGGUAAAUAUUUCUCACCUAUUAUUAAAAAGGAAUUAACUCACUAUGCUGUUCUAUCAGCUAACACAUCUAAGAAAGAUCCCGUAAUUAGAAAACAUGAAUUGCUGGACAAAUUUGCCCUUGUCUUCCUAAAUUCUAUAUUAAAGAACUAUUCUGAAAUCUUACUUGACAACUUCGGUUGCCAAUUUGUUGCUGAAUGCUUAACAAAUGAUGGAUUCUACAAGGAAUUAAAUGAAGAAGGCGAAGCUAAAUUCAACGAACUUAUUGACACAAUAAUCACUUUGUUCAAGGGCGACAUCACAGAAGAAGAUCAUCCAAUACAUAAACCAUUCUCAGUAAGAUUACUAAAAAGUUUGAUUCAAGGUGGUAACUGGAACAACAAGUUAAGAAAGCUCGAACCUUUGGGUUCCGUUCAAGGCUUGGGUGUUCCUUUCGCUACUAAGUUUUACGAGGACAUAAUCGACUCUUCAAAUUUACUAAGUUGGAUCAAUGAACCCGAUAGUUCUUUCACCGUCGUUGCACUUUACGAAUCUUUGAAAGGUAAAAACGAGGGCAAGCAAUUCAUCAAGGACUUGAAAUCAGUCUCUAAAAAAAUCGAAGAAUCUGAAUCCAACAAAGGUGCUCGUCUUUUACUCAAAUUAAUGGCACAAUAA